GCCUUGAUUAGAUGAAAUUUCAAAAGCACUAAGGCGAGAGUGCAGCCAUUAAGCAGUGCGAACCUGCCCAUGGACAGGAUGGAGAGAGAUAAUGUUGAUCGCCAGGUGUGAGCAAUGAAGCGGUGUGUUAGACGUAUGGCUUUGAAGCGAUGGAUCGCCAAUGAGGAAACACUUCAGUCAUUGUCUCUGAUUGUAAGACCGAGGUCAGAGGUACGGAGGAUCGUGGGGAGAGACAGAAGUGUCUGAUGGAGCGGUCUUGGUCGAGAAGCACGCGGCCACUGGGGCUAUUCAUCUCCGCAGCCCGUCACUCUCCUUCUCCCAGUCCCCUCCCGCCGGUCGCAGCUGCUUGAGAUUCUGCUUGUGUGUGGCCGUGUGUGCGUGACGGUGUGAGCAUGUGGCCCGAGAGCUAGUCGGAUGCACGGGAGAGUCCCAGUCCCGUAAGGAUCGAGCAGGAGCGGAGUCCGCCACGCCGACUCAUCCAGCCACCACCGCCACCACUGCCUCCAUGACUCCGGGCACAUGGCCAACCAUUGCACUCGGAUUAUAUUACAUGCUAGCAUCAGCUCUCCUUGCAUCCCAGGCUCAAGGAUUGCAGUGCUAUGGCUGCAAUAUCAUCCAAGGCCAGAGAUACGUGGAUGUGGGCUGCUCCAAGCCAGAGAUCAUCACCUGCUCUCACGCCCACAAAGGAUUUAAACACCGCUUCUGCAUCAAGACAGAGAGCACGGCCCUCGGCAUCCUGCUCACCAGCGGUUGCGCCACCGCACAGCACUGCCACCAGAAAGAGCUGCCGGGAGUGCGCAUCCAUUGCUGUGACUCUGACCUGUGCAACAGCGCCCCCCGGUGGCAGAUGAGCUUCUACACACUGUCCACUGUGCUGCUGCUGUGGUGGCAGGUGUGAGGACGGAGACGGGUCCCCUCGAACACCCCCACAGGGGGCUUCCUGUCUGUCCUCAGAACGUCACUGUGGGUCCAGGUGGACAUGUUUGGAAGAGGAGCAGGAAUAUGAAUUUACUGUUUGCUGGAGGCUUUUCACACAAUUCAAGAAUUAGCCCCAAAAUACUACUGAAUAAAACAGAACAUCAGAGAUCAAGGUUAGCUGUUUUAAAAUUGCUAAUGUUAUUCUCCAUAUGAAAUAUGGAGCAAUUCAUAUUUGAAGACAAACACAGACAUUGUGUGAAUACAUUCUGGCUGGUGGAGCUGCUGAUUUCAACAUUCAUCCUUCUGCAGUAUUUACAAUAAUUAUGUGAAUGAUAAUAUCUACAGAACAAACGUUUCUGAAAACAAUGUUUCUUCAUGUACAUGUAUGGGUGUGUUUACAUAAAGGAAUGAGUUUAGCUCCAUUGUUUUAGUGUACAGUACCAUAUUAAUUAUCAGCUGUACUUACUAACGCUUGUUCAAUAUUUUAUUACACUCUUGGUAUGUUAAUCUUGGUUGAACGCUGGCUGUUGUUCUUUUCUACCAUUUAAAUCGUACUAGUGUUAUCAAUUCAGUUUUCUAACCUAUGUAUAACCUAUCUCACCAAUCAAUCAAAUCAAAUAAUUUCUUGGCUCUAAAUACAACAUCAAGAACUGACAAAAUUCCAGUUCAGUGACGUGACUGAGUUUCUAGUCAGAGAUUAUGCAGCACAGUGACGCUAAAGGUCUUUAUAAAGGUACCGAAUUUGGGCUUUAUUAAUAGAUGCAUUAAUUUUAUUCAUUCACAGAGCAGUGCCAAGUAGUUUUGGGACAAAAUGCCCUCUGGAAGGACAGACAUCCAUGUUAUUUUUAUUUCAUAGGUUAGAUAACAAAAAUGUUUCUUACAAAUUUAGUCGGGUAUCUAAAAAACCUUAAACAUUGUACCGGUCACAAUAAUGAAAAACAAACUCCUGCUAAAUAAACAAGCUAAAAAAUGUUGCGUUUUCCUUCCUUUUUCAUUAAUCCAGCCAGGUUCUCAUUUUUGUGUUUGUAUUAAACAAGGACAAUGGAUUAAAGAUCUGUGGUUUAAGUGCAGAUGCUUCCAGCUCUCUAUUCUCUAUGCCCCUCUCCUCAAACCUUCAUUAGUGACAGACGGCAUCGUUAAUGGCUGCACACGUUCCAUCUUUCAGCAUCAUAAGACACAGUUUUGUCAGUUUCCCAAUAUGAGUAAUUUUUAAAGACAAAAAUGUGCCUGUUGUCAUAACAGCACAAGCACUAAAAAUAAAAUCUUUCCCUUUAUGUCUUAAAAAGUGACAUUUUAAUUAGUUUAUUAUUUAAUGGCGGCAAAUGGAUUUUUAUUUCAUUUCAAAAUAAUGAAGGUGAUUCUGUACUACAUCGGUAAUAUGAAAGAUUAUAACAAAAAAAGCUUCAUUAAUAAUGAACCUAUGUGACAUAUGCAGAGGAUAAUAACGCAUAAUCUAGAAACUGUUUGUUCAUAAAUAAUAAAUCUUUACAUAACUACAUUUUUCAGCAUCAAGUUUCAUUCAA